AUGCCUACAGGCACUCAGCGCAUUAGGAUAAGUAAUCUUUUAAAUCCUGCUUCAGACAACUUCGUCAGUUCCGCGGCACGUUUACCUCUGAACCCUGAAUCCCAAAGCCAAGAUGUGCCAGGUAGCACCGGAAAAUAUGAGAGUUCCUCGAAUUGCACUAAAGAGGUUGAGAAACAUACCAGGGCAUCUUUCGCUUUGGAAAUCCCAAAACAGCAAUUCAAGCCCAUCCACACAAUUUUGCGGCCAUAUCUGUCUGCCCAGUCCUUCUGUGCCUCUUUGAAAGCCACCCAAGAGAAGUCAGGCGAUGAUAUUCGCGAGGACGGGGACUCUGAAUUGAACAUAUGUUCUGAAAAGAACGAAGCAAGGGCCAUGAGGCUCGCUGAACUUGUGAAUGAUUAUCGAACACUACAUAUUUAUAUCCUUGAGCACACCACAAAUUUGCCAUUUGAGCUCACCGGGCAAGAAAGUUAUCGGGUGCUCAUGGAGUGCCGCGCUUUUUCCCAGGCCCUCUUGACGGGAAACUACAGUCCGGAACCUAUUCCAACUUGGGGUGGGGAUGAAGACGCUCUGGUCGCCAAUAUGCUCAAGCAAGUCAUCCUCGACGCGAGCGCCCGCAGAUUCCAAGCGUUCAAAAUUUAUCUUCGUGUCAGUGCUGCCAGAUAUUCGAUCAUGCAGGGCGGUAAUGUCAUACGCCGAUCCCCACUCGAAGCGUGUGCUGGUCGGCUACGAGACAUAGAUACAACACUGCAAAACAUCCUUCGCAAUGAUCAGGAACUUGCCACGAUGACUGACAACUUUGUUGCCUCAAAUCUCCAUGAAGCUGAUCUGAGAGCUGGAUACUGGGUCGACGAGGACCCUUGUCUUGCUGCAAUCUCAGUUCGGAUCCAGUCCCAGGUUUGA